AUGUCUAGAGAACUUCCACUUGAUCUGUACCGCCAAAUUGUUGAAGAGAUCCGAGAGAAAGCAGAUCUACUGUCUCUCUGCUUAACUUCUCGGGCCUUAUAUCUCGAGGCAUCUCGAGCGCUUUACGCAAAGAUUGAUCUCGAAGGGCACGCACAGAUUUCAGCUGCUCUUCAGACGUUCAAUUCUACAUCUCGAGUCGUGGAGUUGGUUAAUGAACUGACUCUACGAGUCGGAAGGGACUCUAUCGAGUUCCCCCUCCUUACUCUGCAAAUCGUCAAUGCCAUUAACCGGAUGUGCAAUUUGACCCGCUUAGAGCUACCAUACUUGUGGACUUCAGAUCCCUUUGAAACCUCAGCAACGUCUGCACCCUGGGCGCCUCGCGAGGAGAGGCAACGAUCCGCUUGGACACGCAACUUGAAGCUGCCUAAUAUCAACUGUCUUUCUCUCCAGACUACCAUUCAUCGACCAGUGAGAGAGCUCUUUGCGGAGCUUCCAUAUCCACUUCCUCGCCUCGAGACCAAUCGUCCAUUAUCUAUUGCGCAUAUAGACGGGAUAGAGAGGGUGCGAUGCGAAAGAUUAUAUGGAUCACGAGCAGAGCCUUUGAUGCUCCUAAAGGCGCUCGAAGUGCUGACGCUGGACACAUACGUAGCGAAUACGAUUACGCCAAAUCUGGACACACUCGUCUACCUAUACCGAGGGUUUAGCGAUCAUAAAUUGGUCUCUGAACCCAUAUUCUGGCAUUUGGAGAGUGGAAACCUCAAUCAGCUCCAAAGGCUUGGACCCGUUUAUGGAGAUAACCUUCAGAAUAACUAA